CAGACUCGGCGUUCUUCGAUCUUUUGUCGGAUUUUUGCUGCAUUCAGCCUAACAACUUUGACUGAAAAGCUCAACGAUCUUGAGCGUGGAGUUGGCCUUUCUUGGUCAUCGGCAUCUGUUACAUUGUCAUGGAGAAGUUGACAAUUUUGACUGUGCUUUUAGUAAACUUUAUUCUGCAAUCAGAUGCUAAAGUUGGAAUACCAUUUAAACAAGAAAACUACUCACCUCAAUACGAAACACAGAUUGCCUGUACUGUUUCAGACGAAAUAUUUAUUGGUUGGUUUAAGAAUAAUACAAAGAUAAAGGAAUUUGCCAAGAAGCAAGACAUAAAGGACCAGCCAGGCAUUUAUGUUGACAAUGGCAUAUCACCAAAUGAAAAAAUCUACUACCUCUACUUGCCGCCAAACUUGCCUUCUUCAAUAGGUGGUGUGUAUGAGUGUAGAGGAAAAGCAAAUACAGCAACUACUGAAAUAGUUAUCAGAUUUAACCUAAAUGGAUUUAAGACCGCUCAACAGCUACAUAACGGCAAAGAUGAGAAAAUUGUUGUUGGUGCAUUGUCAUAUCCACUCUCAGUCUUUAAAUGGAAGAAAGAUAAUGUUGACAUUGAUUUCAAAACUAAUAGUCGACUGAAACUGUUAAAUGAUGGCAGUAUUCAAAUAUCUAAAGUACAAAAGAGCGAUGCUGGUUCUUAUGAUGUCAAUAUCAACUGGCAAAAUCGAAACAUUGUYGAUAGAAAGAUAACUGUAACAGUUGUUGAAAAGCCCAAGUUCAUCUCUACACCACAGCCAGCCAAGAUUAUUGGAGUCACAGGAUACGACUACAAGUUUUGCUUCAAUGUCUCUGGUUURCCAACACCAACACUUCAGUGGUUCAAGAGCACAGUUCAGUUUGAUACAACCAAUAGUAGAUAUAGUAUYACAGGAAACUGUAUUAACAUUGCCAAACUUGAGCAAAUGGAUGUGGCCCCAUACAAGUGCACUGCUAAGAACUCUGCUGGAGAAAUGUCAGCUGUUGUGGAGAUUGAAAGGCUAGGAGUGAAUCCAACAUUGGAUCCAUUUUCUCAAAAUUUGUACAAAGCUAAUGUGGGGGAUACUUUUGAACUAAAGUGCUCUGGAAAAGGAGACCCWACACCAACAUUAAUGUGGACUUUAGAUGGCAAACUGUUAGCAAGCAGUCAGAACGAGGCUGUCUUGAAGAUUGAUAAUGUUGAGAACAAAGAUGCUGGCAACUACACUUGCACUAUCAAGAAUGGACUGAUUUACCGGGGCAAAGAAAUCUCAGUAUCUAAGACCAUUGAACUCUUGUCUAUAACUAAGCCUUCCAUCAAUGAUGCCAAAUCCACCUUAAAAGUCUACUCAUAUAUAGCCAAUCCCAACACAAUACCUCUGAGGUGCUAUUUCUUUGGUGUUCCCACCCCAACUGUCACUAUUACCAAGAAUGGAGUUGAGUUGAUUACUGGUACUGGGUUUGCUAAKUAUGACCUGGAAACAAAGACGGCACAACAGUUUGGUGAUUACAAUUGCACUGGUAAAAAUAUGCAUGGCAUGUCUACACAAACUGUACACGUCCUUUAUGGAAGUGUUCCUGGYAAACCAACCKCCCUUUCAGCGACAAAAACCUGCAAGUACAUCACCUUGUCAUGGAAGGCACCUCUUAGUAAUGGCAACAUGCGUAUCCUUCAGUACGUUUUUACUUUCAACAUGACAACAAAGCGAAACAUCAAAGAAAAAAAGCGUCAAUACAGACUUCCAUAUGUAUUUAGUCCAAAGACCACAUACAAACUAAACCUCACUGCUAGGAAUAUCAUUGGUUAUGGACCAGCAGCGCUAAUUGACGUCACAACUGAGCCUUACUGCAARCCUGGUUCCCCRGGKAUCUACAAUCUCAGAAGAAAAGAAUAUGGCAAAACUAUUGUUGUCAAGUGGAAUGCACCAAAGGAUGAUGGUUUUGACAGUGAUCUAGURUAUAAAGUCUACUGGAGAGCCAAACAAGAACCCCCAAUAAACUGGAGGGUAUCACAGGAUUUAACAAAAACAACCUUAGACUUUGAAGUCCCAGAAGAGUUCCAACCAGGAAGAUAUGAGUUUAAAGUUACAGCAACAAACAAAGCCGGGGAGAGCCUGCCUGAUGUUAGAGUUGUGGAAAUUAUGACAAUAGAAAAUGCCACGAGCACAACUUCAUCUGUAUUGAGCACAACUGAUACUCGUAACUCUAAACCUCAUCCAACUGCAGAAUUGCCAACCUUACCUGAUCACCGGAAUGAGAAAACCAAAGAGCCCCCAGUUGCUGGCAAGAGAACCAGUGGUCUUAGCAAAGGAGUUAUUGCAGGCAUUGUCAUUGCUAUUCUCCUCAUCGUSUUAAUCACUAUCGAUCUUUUCUGCUGUUUCUUCAAUAGCUGUGGUGUUAUCUUUUGUUGUCAGAGAGCUUGCUGUGCAAARAAGUAUUCACCGGAUGGCAAACCUAGUAGUGAGAUGGAAAAGCUGAACAAAAACCCACCUCCAGAGAAUGUUUGAGCUCAAUUAGCUUCAGUCCACCAUAAAGGAUAAACGAAUGGGUUUGUCAAAGACCUUGAAUAAACGCUUCCUUGAAUAUAUUAUCGGUGAUUARAGAUAAACAAUCAACCACGAAGAUGCGAGUAAACCAUAACGGCAGGCACAGGUUUCCACUGUGUGCUUCGUAGAGCUUCAUUCGUUUCUAUUUCAUUAUUUUUAAAUGUAAUUAUCAUAUAUUAGUCUUCUUUUUUAGAAGAAAGUGUGAGGAUUGAGUGCAGUUGUCAGUCGUGAUAAGCUCUGCAAAUGAAUUUCACAGCUCGUGUUUUUGACGUGGCUGUUUAGUUGCUUUGCAGUUUUUUCGAAACUUUCUCCGAAAAGAAUCAAAUGGUUUCGGACUACCUGUGCAACAAAAUUUUAAAAGCAAUCCAGAUUAUCAACUGCUCUCAGUGUUUUAUUUUAUUAUUUAUGUGUAUUUUUUCCCUGAAACACCUUAGUCCAUCGAUAUACUUAACACUCAUGAGUGCAGUCCUCAACCCGUGAAACACUACUAGCUUGAUUUUCAUUUAAACAUGAAAUUAAUCCGUGAAAUAAAUAGUACUGAUUACUACCAAAUAGUGUUCAUUAGAUAAUAGAAAACAAAGAAAUUAGUACUUAUAAAUUAACACUGUUUUGUACUAUUUUAGUUUCACGGAUUAACUGCGUAGAGCCUAGUAUUUCACGGAUUGAACGUAAAAAUCUUCAUGCCAUUUUGUAAUGUUAGUGAUCGUUAUAUUCACGUCUGUUUCACAGAUAUGUUUGCACUUCACUCGCCCCAUUCCUUUUAUAACCCACCGUCAUGGAUCCUGUCAUAAUUCUCCACCAGUGUGUUCCAUAUCGUUUGUAUCUCUUCGCAUUGUACGUUAGAUAAACCCUCUUAACUGGUAGAAAGCACUUCCUUUAGUACAUUAACAUUAAGAUUAAUGCACAAAACACAUUUGACGCCGUUUUAUAGUCGUUAAAGUAUCUUAUGAGAAGUGAAUGUGAARGACGUGCAUUUAGGAUUAGCCAACGUAUAGCGUGACAUUUUCUCGUGCAAAGCAUGAUGGUAUGUGUAGCCCUCUUCUUUGUAAGGCGAUCAGAUAGUGCACAWUACAUUUGUUUUCUUUGAAAAAGUGCAACUGGCCUUGACGUUCUUUAAAGGAAGCAAAAAAAAAAGUAUUUUUGUGAUUUUUUCAGUGCACAAAGAGCGAGAACUGCAUCAUCCCAGAAUGCUUUGCUGUUACGUUUUAUCGUAACGUGAACGCAACAGACGUAGCAAUGUGCGAAUUACCAGUAUUAAGAGAGGUUUAUCGAUAAAUUGCAGUGCGUACAACUGCGUUUCCGCAAUUCCUCGUUACUCUAAGCUGUGCUUUGACAACUAACGCUUUGUAGAAUGCUCGUUGUCAUGCUGAUCGCUUUCGUAUUUAACUGAUUCUAAAAAAAAAUCUACUAAGAAAACAUAACGUAAAUAUCAGUUAUAAUGUUUAUAAAAGAGGGCCAGAUUGAAAGUSCGUGGCUUCAAAUGUUUAAAUUAACUUAAGUGUUUAUAAAACGAAACUUUUGUCAUGACUAUUUGUGCGAUUUAGCUUUUGGGGGUCGCUAUGUAAAUGAGAAAACCGAUUAGUAGUUUCCARGACUCGUUUCAUACCGUAGAUAGCACAGUCUAAAGAUUGUUAUAGUUCUGGCCCAUAGGCUACUAUUUAAUCCAAGAAUUGUAUAGUGUUUCUGAUUAAUAAAUUUGGACAAAUGAU